CAGCCGCGGGAGGUCCGGACACUGGCGGCCAUGGAACUCGCUGGUACUAGAGGACACAUAUCUUAACUGGGUUGCUGUAAGGACUGAUGCCUGAACCAUCUCAGCAUGACCUGUAGAGGAGGAGCUGGGCAUGGCCAGCGUCCCUCAGCUUCACUCUCCCGUGUCAGCCCUGGACGUCUUUCCACGUGUAGAGCCUGUACCCAUAAUAUAUGCAUGGUGUCGGACUUUUUCUACCCAAAUAUGGGAGGCGUGGAAGGCCACAUUUACCAGCUCUCUCAAUGCCUGAUUGAAAGAGGGCACAAGGUCAUAAUUGUCACCCAUGCUUAUGGAAGUCGCAAAGGCAUCCGUUACCUCACUAAUGGCCUCAAAGUCUAUUACUUGCCUCUGAAAGUCAUGUACAACCAAUCUACAGCCACGACCCUCUUUCACAGUCUGCCAUUGCUCAGGUACAUAUUUGUUCGGGAGAGAGUCACGAUAAUCCAUUCACAUAGUUCCUUUUCUGCCAUGGCCCAUGAUGCCCUCUUCCACGCCAAGACAAUGGGCCUCCAGACAGUCUUCACGGACCAUUCCCUUUUUGGAUUUGCUGAUGUCAGCUCGGUGCUUACAAACAAGCUUCUAACUGUGUCUCUUUGUGACACAAACCACAUAAUUUGUGUCUCUUACACUAGUAAGGAAAACACUGUGCUAAGAGCAGCACUGAAUCCUGAAAUAGUGUCCGUCAUUCCUAAUGCUGUAGAUCCUACUGACUUCACUCCAGACCCAUUUAGAAGGCAUGAUAGUGUAAUAACUAUUGUUGUUGUCAGCAGACUUGUUUACAGAAAAGGGACCGAUUUGCUUAGUGGUAUAAUACCUGAACUCUGUCAGAAAUAUCCCAAUUUAAAUUUCAUAAUUGGAGGAGAGGGACCAAAGAGAGUCAUUUUGGAAGAAGUACGGGAAAGAUACCAGCUCCAUGACAGAGUGCGUCUCUUGGGAGCCUUAGAACACAAAGAUGUUAGAAAUGUCUUAGUUCAAGGACAUAUUUUUCUUAAUACUUCCCUUACUGAAGCAUUCUGCAUGGCAAUUGUGGAAGCAGCCAGUUGUGGUUUACAGGUUGUAAGUACCAGGGUUGGUGGAAUUCCUGAAGUACUUCCAGAAAAUCUUAUCAUUUUAUGUGAGCCUUCUGUAAAAUCUUUGUGUGAGGGAUUGGAAAAAGCUGUUUUCCAACUGAAGUCAGGAGCAUUGCCGCCUCCAGAAAAUAUCCACAACAUCGUAAAGACUUUCUACACCUGGAGGAAUGUUGCGGAGAGAACUGAAAAAGUGUACGACCAAGUGGCAGGAGAAGCUGUGUUACCUCUGGACAAACGACUGGACAGACUCGUCUCUCACUGUGGCCCCUUGACAGGCUGCAUUUUUGCUUUGUUGGCUGUAUUCAGCUUUCUCUUCCUCAUUCUCCUGAGAUGGGUGACUCCAGAUUCUAUCAUCGACGUUGCAGUAGAUGCCACAGGGCCAAAGGGUGCCUGGACUCAUCAGUAUCCUUACAGGAAAAAGGUGGACGAGAACAAUGAGGUAUCUAAAACCAGGUAGAAGAAAGCCUAGACUGUGAGAUUUUAAACACUUGUAAUAGUUCUAUUAAGACUAUUGAAAAUAACCUUGCUUUUUUUCUUUUUAAAGUUAAUUUAGUAAGUUAUGCUACCUCUAUAUCAUUCCGUGUUUUAUUUUGAGGAAAGAUAAACACUUAUGCAAUUCCUGAGUGUAGAAACUCCUUGCACUUAUUUAAAAUUUAGGAGAGAACAUUGAAGCCACUCAGGUAUGCAAUUUUUCAGACUACUGAAAUCCCUCUAGCAGAGAUGUUUUAACGUUAUAUUUUGGGAGCUUUGGGUGCUGAAGGGCCAAACGUUUUCUGGGCAUUUUUUGGCCAAUUUUAAAUGUUCUACCAUUAAUUAGACAUUCACGAGAUGUUUGCAAGUUUUGUUUAGGGAAGUACAACAACUCUGUGAACUAUUUUAAGUUGUGUUCAUACUACAUUUAUUAGACACUUAAGUCAUGUUCUUAAACUUUUAUUGGGUAUGCUCAGUAAGUGUUCCAUAUAAUCAGCAGGUUUCUUGAGUAAAAUGGGCUGUCAGCGACCAGCAUGUUUUAAGCACCUACCACGCAUAGAACAUUGAACUAGAUGCUUCCU